AUGUCAGUCCCAAACGGAAACGAUCGAGCACUUCUACUCGCUCUAAAUAUGUCUCUUUCGCCAGCUUCAUAUCGUUCUGAAGAACAGCCACAAAAUUCACAGUCACUUAUUAGUCAUUAUCUUUCAGGAUACGAUCAUGGUUUAGCAGCUGCAUCAGAAUCGGAAUUUUCAACGCAGAAUCCUGUAGAUACAACUCAUUGUCAAGCGUCAGUUAUCGAGACAGAAGCAGAUAUACUUUUGGACCCGGCCGCCGAGUGGCUGCUUCCAAAUCCUCAGAGUAUGAAUGCUUAUGCUCGCCCAAAUUGCAGUCCUCUAUAUUUCGAGCAGCUUUUAAUAGCGAAUAUAUCAUCAACACAUAGAACUGUGCCGGAGAAUGGGAUGUCUUUGAACAGCGAUGAAGAGUUGGCUCUCACACACUAUCGAACGGCUUUCUCUCAGUCUCAAACCACGAGAGAUCCACAGUGGUCUACUUCAACUUUGCUGCUACUCCACGGACUAAAACAGUCAGAGAUGCUUCUCCAUCUUAUACUAGCUGUCUCGCUUCAUGAUAUGCCAUCUGAUCCUGUCAACCUUAGCCGGCUUCGUCAAAUUAGUCACAAGCAUUACGAGAAAGGGACAGAGCAACUCAUGCAAGCUUUAUAG